CGUACGCGCUGUACGGGGAGCGGCUGGGGCUGCUGGGGGGGGCGGCGGCGGGGGGGGCGCAGCGCUUCAUCGGGGCGGUGGAGACGAUGCUGCGGACCACCCUGCCGCUGCUCUUCCUGCCGCCCCCCCUGGUGCGCGCCCUGCGCCCCCUCCUCUGGCGGGAGCACCUCCGCGCCUGGGACGCCAUCUUCCAGCACGCUGACGCGAGCAUCCAGCGGCUGUACCGGGAGUUCUGCCGGGGGGGCGCGGGGGGGCCCGGGGGGGUCCUGGGGGAGCUGCUGCUGGGGGGGCGGCUGCCCCUCGGCUCCCUCCGCGCCAACCUCACCGAGUUCACGGCCGGCGGCGUGGACACCACGGCGGUGCCGCUGCUGUUCACGCUGUUCGAGCUGGGGCGCAACCCGGGGGUGCAGCGGGCGCUGCGGGAAGAGCUGCUGGCGGCUGAGGCGGGGGGCCCGGGGGGCGCGGCGGCGCCGGGGGGGGGCCCGGGGGGGGCCCCGGGGGGCCGCCGGCCCCUGUCCGAGCUCCUGGGCGAGCUCCCGCUGCUGCGCGCUGCCAUCAAGGAGACCCUGCGGCUGUACCCGGUGGGCAUCACGGUGCAGCGGUACCCGGCCACCGACGUGGUGCUCCACAACUACCGCGUGCCGGCGGGGACGCUGUGCCAGGUGGCCCUGUACCCCAUGGGCCGCAGCCCCGACGUCUUCCCCCACCCCGAGCGCUACGACCCCUCCCGCUGGCUCGGCAAAGACGACACCAGCUUCAAGGCUUUGGCCUUCGGCUUCGGCGCCCGCCAGUGCAUCGGCCGCCGCAUCGCCGAGGCCGAGAUGAUGCUCUUCCUCAUGCAUGUCUUGCGCAACUUCACCGUGGAGGCGGUGUCCACCGAGGACGUCCCCACUGUUUUCCGCUUCAUCCUCAUGCCCGAGAAGUCGCCCCUGCUCACCUUCCGCACCCUCGACUGAGCCGCGGGCGCCCCGGGGGGGGGCCCAACCCCAGCCCCGCCCCCCCCGGGCUCCCCCCGGGCAGCGGCCGCCCUGGGGAGGGGGCGGUGGGGCAGGACCCCGAAGCGCGGUGGGAGACGGCAUGCAAAUCCCAUGCAGAUGAGCUGCCCCAGGGGCUGAUGGGGGGCGGAAGCAAGCAGGGGACCCCAGACCCCCAAUAAAGUCUUGUUG